CGGUACUACUCCCGUGUUCCUGCUGCUGCUUUCGUUUGGCUAGUGUGUACUUUGUAUGGAAACAUUAAUCUCGUAAUUUAACCGGUGUAUUUGGUUGUCGAUGAAAAGUGAGAACAACACGCACAUGAUACGAAAUGUCGAAGAUAGUCCGGUGUGCGGUGACGACGCCGUGACGGACAAGGACUGUAUCAGCUUGUUAGCUGCGUUGACAGAACUGCUUGAUGCGGUCAGACAUGUCAUCUGGGACCGAGUGUGAAAGCCACAGGCCUUGUCUGCUUCACGUCUCUUAAACAUGUGCCACUUCCCGUGACACCAGAGACUUUUUGUUUGCAACUAUCCGUUUGCUAUUCCUGUCGCUAGCCCCACGUACUCGAUUCGUUAGCCAACAACCAGAGGCUAAUAACGCGUCGUCUGUUGCACAGACAAGAUGUGCAGCUGUUUUACUGCGGUUUGCACAAUGAAUCGUUAAGGUUUUAGGGGUUGUUUCGGGUUUUUUUUUAGCUUGUGAGCUUGUUUCUGAUGAUCUCCAGCUACUGAACAUAAAUCAAUCCAAAGUGAGCUGCUAUCAUGGAUUCUGACGACGACGUUCCUCUCAUCUUGACCUGGGACGAAGCAAACAGUGACCUGCUCACCGAGGACACAGAGAGAGUAGACGAGAAUGGAGGUGGAGGCAACUAUGACAUAGUGAACAAUGCUGUGAUCUCCACUCCAGGGCCACAAAACUACAGAGCCCAGAAUGUGUCAUUACGGCAAAGCUGGGAGAUGAACUACCAAGAGGCAGCCAUUUAUCUACAGGAAGGAGAGAACAAUGAUAAGUUCUUCACCCACCCUCGAAACCCAAAGGCCCUGGCAGCAUACCUCUUUGCUCACAACCACUUGUUCUACAUGAUGGAGCUUCUCACAGGCUUGCUGCUGAUGAUGCUGUCACUGUGCGAAGCCCCCGCUGUGCCCUCACUGCGCCUGGACGUCUAUGUUCAUGCCACUCUGGAGCUGCUGGCUUUGGUGAUGGUGGCGUUUGAGUUAUGCAUGAAACUCCGCUGGUUAGGCUUCCACACCUUCAUACGACACAAGAGGACCAUGGUGAAGACGUGCGUGUUGCUGCUACAGUUUGUGGAGGCCAUAGUGGUUCUGAUCAGACAAACGUCUCACAUGCGAGUGACCAGAGCUCUGAGGCCCAUAUUCCUGGUCGACUGUAGAUACUGUGGUGCUGUGCGCAGAAAUUUGCGUCAGAUCUUCCAGUCCCUCCCUCCUUUCAUUGACAUCCUCCUGCUGCUGCUUUUCUUCAUGGUUAUAUUUGCUAUCCUGGGUUUCUGCCUCUUCUCUACAAACACGGCUGACCCGUACUUCAACACUCUGGAGAACAGCCUGGUCAGUCUGUUUGUGCUGCUGACCACAGCAAAUUUCCCUGACGUGAUGAUGCCGGCGUACUCCAAGAACCGCUGGUCCUGUAUCUUCUUCAUUGUUUACCUCUCUAUAGAGCUCUACUUCGUUAUGAACCUGCUCCUGGCAGUCGUGUUUGAUACGUUCAAUGAUGUGGAGAAGAUGAAGUUCAAAUCUCUUUUGCUGCACAAACGCUCCGCUAUUGACCACGCCUUUCAGCUGCUAGUUAGCCGGCAGAGGCCGAUGGGUGUGUCGCUGAAACAGUUCGACGGCCUGAUGCGUUUCUACAGACCGCGCAUGUCUGCAAGAGACCGAUUCCUCACGUAUAAAGCUCUGAACACAUCGGGGGCUCCUAUGCUCAGCCUACAGGACUUUUAUAAGUUUUUUGAAGUCACUGGCCUUAAAUGGAAGGCACGAAGAAGCGGAGAACAUUGGUUCGAUGAUCUUCCUCACACGGCCUUCCUCAUUUUCAAAGGGAUCAACCUGCUGGUGAAGUCGAAAGCCUUCCAGUAUGCCAUGUAUGUGGUGGUGGCCAUCAAUGGUGUGUGGAUCCUCGUGGAGACAUACACGCUGAAUAGUGGACAUUCCUGGUCCAGAUUUGUCCCCUGGAGUUACAUUGUUUUCCUGACCAUUUAUGGAGUGGAGGUUUUAUUAAAAAUAGCAGGUUUGGGACCAACGGCUUAUUUCAGCUCUGGGUGGAAUCUGUUCGACUUCUCUGUGACGGUGUUUGCCUUCCUGGGUCUGGUGGCUCUUGCGUUCAACAUGGAGCCAUUUUAUUUCGUUGUGGUGCUCAGACCAUUUCAACUGCUCCGGCUGUUUAAGAUAAAGCAGAGGUAUCGAAAUGUGUUGGACACCAUGUUCGAGCUCUUUCCCCGGAUGGCAAGUCUGGGUUUGACCUUAAUCAUCUUCUACUACUCCUUUGCAAUCGUGGGAAUGGAGUUCUUUGCAGAUGUCGUUUAUCCAAACUGCUGCAACACCAGCACAGUGGCGGACUCCUACAGACAGUUCAACGUCACACACGGCAACAACACCGUUCUGGAAGAAGGCUACUAUUAUCUCAAUAACUUCAACAAUAUUCUCAGCAGCUUUGUGACUCUUUUUGAACUGACUGUGGUCAACAACUGGUACAUCACCAUGGAAGGUAUAACGUCCAUGACGAGCCACUGGAGCCGCCUGUACUUCAUGACCUUCUACAUUGUAACCAUGGUAGUGAUGACCAUCAUUGUGGCGUUUAUCCUCGAUGCCUUUGUUUUCCGAAUGAACUACAGCCGCAAAAACAGGGAACCACUGGAGAAUCCAGAGGAUGAGAAUGGGAUCGUGUUUGAAGUAGAGGUGAGUCGAGAUGAAAUCCUGGCCACUCUAGAGCUGUACAAACAGACGUGUCCAGGAGUGUCCUCCCUCAGCUCUCUACAAGGAGUCCUACAAGCUAUGGACAGGAGUGGUCACUCGUCUCUGGUGUACCAAGGACGCAGGUCGAGGACGAAAAGUGACCUCAGUAUGAAAAUGUAUGAGGAAGAGAUGCAGGAGUGGUACACGGAGUAUUCAAGGGAAAACCUGCCUGAAACAGACCAAAGCCUGGAGCGGGAUCUGGACAGUCCCGUCUCUAACCCGUGUCCCUUCCCCGAGGCGCAGCUCAACUCACAGACUGGACCUCACAGCAUCAACUAAUGCACACUUUCCAAGCGAUAACCACAAACUUUGUUAGUAUUCUGUGACAAUGGGAAAACUUGUCCUCGACCUUUUUGGACUGACUUGAGAGACAACUUCACGUGGCUCCUUCAUAAACCAGCAGCACCGACGGACAGCAGCCCAUUUUUAGUUUGGCGUUGAACCCUGGCCCUGUUUUUCUGGCCCUUUCAAGACUUCAGCAACUGAAACCUGAGCCUGUACGACCACAGUAUGUUGUGUACAUGUACUGCUGUAGGCCUUAGUGAUCUGUAAAACAUGGAGUACUUAAACCUGAUGCCUUAGUUUAACGGCUCAUCCGACCAGUAUUAACAUGGACACUACCAAGUCGUCUAAAGACCAAAAGUAUAAAGACUUACACUCCUCUUAGCCCUAAACAAUACUGGUGUAUCUCCUAACUCCUUGUCAUCAUAUUCAGUGUUUUAUAUAACUUCCUUUUCUGUAAUGUAUUUCAGUUACCUCAUAAGGGAUUUUAAUAAACAGUUCAGAUUGUCAA